AUGAAGUACUCUAUUAUUCUCUCCACGUGGAUGGCCUUGGGCCUCGUGGGCGCUGCCCCAGUUACCCUGCCUACCUUGGGCGAGAUUGAGGAGUUCGCAGCUGCGCCUCAUUAUCGGCCUCCUUACUACAAGGAUCACGACGAUGACCGCCAUCACGACAAGAACCAUGACGGGCAUUUCAAGCGUGAAGUAGUUGAACAUCACGAUGGCCGCCAUGACGAGCACCACCACGACCAUGAUGAUGACCGUCACCAUGGCAAGGACCACGACGGACAUUUCAAGCGUGAAGUAGUUGAGCAUCACGAUGGCCACCAUGACGAGCACCACCACGACCAUGAUGAUGACCGUCACCAUGGCAAGGACCACGACGGACAUUUCAAGCGUGAAGUAGUUGAGCAUCACGAUGGCCGCCAUGACGAGCACCACCACGACCAUGAUGACCGUCACCAUGGCAAGGACCACGACGGACAUUUCAAGCGUGAAGUACUUGAGCAUCACGAUGGCCGCAAUGACGAGCACCACCACGACCAUGAUGAUGACCGUCACCAUGGCAAGGACCACGACGGACAUUUCAAGCGUGAAGUAGUUGAGAAUCAUGACGGCCACCAUGACGAGCACCACCACGACCAUCAUGAUGACCGCAAGGAUCACGAUGGACAUUCCAAGCGUGACAUUGAUGAGCAUCACGACGAUCACCUCGAUAAGCACCAUGACGAGCACCAUCACGACCAUGAUGAUGACCGUCACCAUGGCAAGGAUCGCGAUGGACAUUCCAAGCGUGAAAUUGAUGAGAAUCACGACGAUCACCUCGACAAGCACCGUGACGAGCACCACCACGACCAUCAUGAUGACCGCAAGGAUCACGAUGGACAUUCCAAGCGUGAAAUUGAUGAGCAUCACGACGGUCACAACGACGACGACCGUCAUCACGACAAGGACCACGAUGAACACCAUCAUGAUCGUCACGAUGGAUAUUCUCACUAA